AUGACUUGGCUCAAUUCGUGCGGUUCGACCAAUCCGAUUGCUGGCGACGGGACUGCCAAUGCUUUCAACCCGUGUUUUCUCCUGCUCUGCCUCGUGGGAUUUGCCGUAACGUUCCUGGUGUGCGGGCUCUGGCAGAUGGUGCAGAUGUACGCGCAUGAGCGCGUCGGGCACACGUUCACGAUACGCUCUGUGGGUGUGCUCCAGUUUGUGCGCCUCAGUCUUGUGUUCCUCCAGGCAACGCUCUACCUUGUGCUCGCAUCCGCCAGUUCCACCUUUGACAUCCGACUCGUGGGUUUCCUCGCGAUGGGCCUCGUCCUUUUGGCAGUGAUACUCCCGCUCCACAUGAUGGAGCCAACGCGUGCGGUGGUACCCGCGGGCACAAACCUUUUUUUCUGGUUGCUCAGUACUGCACUCCAGCUCGUGCUUGUACUCCAAGAGUCGCUUACCGACUGGCCGCUCAUCGAGGGCAGCACGUUUGCCUCCAUCCACGGCCUCCUUCUCGUAAAUGCAUGCCACAUCCUCUACCUUGAGCAUUUCCAGUGGAUGCCGUCACGCGAGCUCCGGGAAUACUACACCUACAACGCGCUCGAGCCCGAGUUGAACAUCUUCCAGAAAAUCACCUUCUCGUGGAUGAACGAGCUCAUCCAUAAGGGCUACACCCAAGACUCACUCAAGCUUGACGACCUCCCAAACCCGCCUCAGGCGAUGCUCAUCGACCCCAGUGCGCGGAAGGUGUCGCGCGCGUGGUUCAACGAAUACAACCGCAAAAUCAAAGCGCGCGCAACACCGUCGCUACUCAUAGUGCUUGUUAAAGUAUUUGGCGUGCCGAUUCUCGUUGCGGGCACGUUCGAACUCGCAGACUGUGUGAUCUCGUUUGCGCAGCCGCUCUUGCUUCGCCGGUUGAUCCAGUUUGCGAACGAUGCCGAAGCCCCUCCAAUAAUUAUCGGACUUCUCAUCUCUGUCGGUAUGUUCACCGUCUCAGUCAUCCUGACCACCGUUUACAACAUCUUCUUCAUCAAGAUCUUUGAGGUGGCAUUAAGCUGCAAGUCGGGGCUAAUGGCAUUGCUCUACGCGAAGGCACUCCGCCUUUCGCCGGACGCGCGUCUCGAGAAGAAAACUGGUGACGUCAUCAACUUGCUCUCCGUGGAUGUAUCGCGCGUCCAAGACAUGUCGCAGCAGUUCCAGAUGUUGAUCUCUGCGCCGGUAAAGCUCGUAUUGUGCCUCAUGGCGCUCUACUCGCUUCUCGGGAAUGCCACCAUGGGCGGGAUUGUCGUGAUGGUGGUGCUUAUUCCGCUCAGCGCAGGGCUUAUGCGUUCGAUGAAGAGCCUCCACAAGACCCAGAUGAAGUUCAAGGAUACGCGAACGUCCAUCAUGACUGAGAUCCUUUCGCUGAUCAAGUCCAUCAAGUUAUACGCAUGGGAAAAGCCAAUGCUCGACAAGCUUGACGACGCCAGAAACGUCAAGGAGCUUGGCAACUUGCAGAAGAUUGGUAUUUUUGGUGCAUGUACCGGUUUCGCGUGGAACUGUGCGCCGUUCUUGGUGUCGUGCUCGUCCUUCGCCAUCUUUGCCGCCACCCAGGACCGGCCCUUGUCCCCAGACAUUGUGUUCCCGGCACUCUCGCUCUUCAACAUCCUCUCCGAGCCGUUGUUUGCGCUCCCAGCGGUCUUUACGGCUAUGAUCGAAACGUCUGUUUCGUUGGCACGUCUCCAGGAGUUCCUCCUUCUUGGUGAAAUUGAUCCCGUCGCAGUGCAAUACGCUCCUAAGGCCGAACGCAUGGGCGAACAGGCGGUGACGAUCUCCAAUGCGAAAUUUCUCUGGUCUAACGAUGAGUCCAAGGUGGCGCUCGACGCGGUAGACUUUUCCGCCAACAAGGGCGAGCUCGCGUGCAUCAUCGGCCGUGUUGGCAGCGGCAAGUCCACGUUUUUGCAGGCGCUUCUCGGUGAGCUUAUCGUUGCGGGUGCUGAUGGUGUAAACCCCGCAAAAAUAGCCAUAUCCGGCUCUAUCGCCUACUGUCCACAGGUGCCGUGGGUGAUGAAUGCGACCGUCAAGGAGAAUAUCCUCUUCGGGUGCCGCUACGAUGCUGACUUCUACGCACAGACCCUCGCGGCAUGCGCCUUGCUUCCGGACAUUGAGAUUCUUCCCGACGGGGACGAGACCCAGGUGGGGGAGAAGGGCAUUUCGCUAUCGGGCGGUCAGAAGGCGCGACUUUCGCUCGCCAGAGCGGUUUAUUCCCGCCUGGAUGUCUAUCUCAUGGAUGAUAUCUUGUCGGCCGUAGAUGCCCACGUGGGAAAGCACAUUACCGAGCACGUGUUGAGCUCGUCGGGAUUGUUGUGCUCGAAAACCAAAAUCCUUGCGACGAAUUCAGUGUCAGUGUUGGCCAUUGCUGAUGACAUUUUACUUCUCAUCGGGGGGAAGACCGUGGAGCGGGGGUCGCUAGACGAGGUUAUGGCGAAAAAGGGUGAGGUGUAUGAGUUGAUUAACGAGUAUGGCGGGGAGCUGGAGCUGGAGCUGGUGAAGCUAGCAAAGCUGGCUGAGCACUCUCCAGGGGUGGAGCAUUCCUCAGAAGCUGACACCGCCCCAAGACUUUCCUCGGAAGCACCUGACAUGAUGGAACUGCCAAACCAUUCCCCCGAAUCCGACUGGCUUGGAGAACUGGUUGAUACAUCUCAUGGCGUUCCGUUGCUUCGCAAGCUCAGUCACACCACGUUGAGACGCGCAAGUAUGGCCUCCUUUACGAAGCUUCCACCUAAUGGCGACGCGCCCAAGCGCAGAACGGCACAGCUAGCAGAAGUAUCCGCAAAAGGCAAAGUCAAAUGGUCGGUGUACUUUGCGUAUGCACGUGCAUGCUCAGUGCCUGGGGUGAUUCUCCUCUUCACGAUGAUGAUUCUCACCACGGCUAUCUCUGUCGCGAGUAACUUUUGGUUGAAGCACUGGUCUGAGGAGAACGCACGCCACGGCAGCAACACGGACGUAUGGCGCAACGUGGGGAUGUAUGCGGUGCUCGGGAUCGGCUCGAGCUUGGCUACGUUGGUGCGCCAGAUCGUUAUGUGGUGCUUUUGCUCGAUCCGCGCGUCACGCGAGCUUCAUGACCGCAUGGCACGCGCGGUGAUGCGUUCGCCAAUGUCCUUCUUUGAAACCACACCCAUUGGCCGCGUGAUGAACCGCUUCUCCCAAGACAUGAACCGCGUCGACGAGGGGCUUCCGCGCAUAUUUGCGGGCUUUUUCACGUCGUGCAUCCGCGCGGCCUUUACGUUGUUGGUUGUGGUUUCCGCGAUGCCGUCCUUCGCGGUCAUCGUCCUCUUGCUCAUGGUGGUCUACAUCUAUUACCAGAUGAUGUACAUUGCCACAUCGCGCGAGUUGAAGCGCAUUGUCACUGUCACCCACAGCCCCAUCUUUGCACAUUUGCAAGAGACCCUCAACGGUGUGGACACCGUGCGCGCGUACAAGCAGGAGGCACGCUUCAAGUUCCUCAAUUAUACCAACAUCGACUUCUACCUCAAGGCGUCGUACGUGUUCCGUUCCAUCAACCGCUGGCUCUCGUUCCGCUUGCAGCUCCUCGGCUCCAUUAUCAUCUUUGCCGCCUCCAUCGCGGUGCUCUACUCCUUGACAACUGCGUCUCCGCUCAGCUCCGGGAUGGUCGGGUUGGUUAUGAGCUACGCGUUGCAGGUAACUGGCUCGCUCAAUUUUAUUGUCAGACUGUCGGUAGAGGUGGAGACUAGAGUCGUUUGCGUCGAGAGGAUUCUUGAAUACUGCGAGUUAUCCCCAGAGGCGCCGGCGGUGGUGGAAGGGAAGCGCCCGGUGCACAAUUGGCCGGCGCAGGGGUCUGUUCGCUUCGACCACUACACCACCAAGUACCGUGCAAAUCUCGACCCGGUGUUGCUGAAUAUCUCGUUGGAGAUCCGUCCGCGUGAGAAAGUGGGAAUUGUGGGGCGUACCGGUGCGGGUAAAUCUACGUUUGCGCUCGCUAUUUUCCGCUUGAUCGAGCCGACGGAGGGAUAUGUGUUGAUCGACGGCCUUAACACCAGCGAGAUGGGCCUCUUUGACUUGCGCAGCAAGCUUAGUAUCAUUCCCCAGGACUCCCAGGCGUUCGAGGGUACCGUUCGCCAGAACCUCGACCCGCUACAGCGCCACACGGAUGAUGAGUUGUGGAACGUGUUGCGCUUGUCUCACUUGGAGGCGCACAUCCGCUCUAUGGGCGACGGGUUGAUGAGCAAGGUCGCGGAAGGUGGCUCGAACUUGUCUGUAGGGCAGCGCCAGUUGAUGUGUCUCGGUAGGGCAUUGUUGAACGACUCCAAGGUGUUGAUUUUAGACGAGGCGACAGCAGCCGUGGAUGUCCAGACGGAUAAGAUUGUACAGGAAACCAUCCGCACCGAGUUUAACGACCGGACCAUUUUGACCAUCGCCCACCGCUUGGACACAGUCAUGGACAGUGACCGUAUCAUGGUGUUAGAUAAGGGCGAGGUGAAGGAGUUUGCGCCGCCGGCAGAGUUGUUGGCUGACAAGAGCAGUUUAUUCUACUCGUUGUGCGAGCAAGGGGGAUACCUCAAGAAUGAGUCGGAGGUGUCCCUGGCAGUUUAA